AUGUUGGGUUCUAGAAAAUCUAGAGCCAAACCAAGGCCUCAACCUUUGAAGAUAACGAAGAAAUUGAAGAUAGUUUAUGAUGAUCCUGAUGCAACUGAUUCAUCGUCCGAAGAUGAGUUGCAACCAAGACGAAUAAGGCGGGGCUGCUUGGAGAUCUCUCUUCCUGUUAUCCCUGUUGUGUCUGCAAUUGCUUCUCCUCAAGAUUCAUUCAAUGAUGGGAAGGAAAAGAUUGCAGCAAGGAGGAGUUGUCUCUCCGUGCGACGAGCUCAAACCAGGAAGAGGUCUGUUCCAUCUGCUAAUCCGACGACAAGGAGACAAUCUUCUGCGAAGUUUCGAGGAGUUCGAAUGAGGAAAUGGGGAAAAUGGGCGGCGGAGAUUCGUGAUCCGAUCCGAGGUAUUAGAAUCUGGCUUGGAACUUACAACACUGCUGAAGAAGCUUCACAGGCUUAUGAGUCCAAAAGGCUUUAUUUCGAAAGGCUUCAAUUUGAAAUGGAUUCUAAAGCAAAGAAUAACAAUAGUUGCUCCAUCAACAACACCAACAAUGCACCGGCACUCGUCGCAACUAACUCUUCCGCGGAUGCUGCGAACGCCUCCGCUUCUGUGUCGGAGAAGUUUUCAACUACGGAAGAUUCUGAAAGCUUGUUCUCGCAUACUUCGCCUUCUUCCGUGCUUGAAUUGGAUACUCUAGCAUCCAAUGAGACGGAGAAGGUUGAUGCUGUUGAAGAUGAAGCUAGUGAAAUGGUGGCUUGUCAACUUGAAGAGCUAGAAAUUCCAGAUCUGAGUGUUUUGAACUUGCCUGAGCCACCUGUUGCUGCUGCAGAGAAUCCAAAUGGGACUGAUCUCAAUAUUGGGUUUGGAUUUGAUUUUGAUCGGUUUAACAUGGACGAUUUUGGACAGGAUUUUGAUGACUUUGGUGAGCUUAGGGACAUUCACAUUCAUGGCUUUGAUGACAAUGAGCCUAGUGAACUUCCUGAUUUCGAUUUUGGAGAGAUUGGUGGUGAAGACGAUGAAUUUGCUGGUUGGAUUGAAGAGCCAUUCUUCCAACACAACAUUUCAUGUGUCUAA